UGUGGCCUGCUUUCUUGAGAAAACCCUCUGUGCUGCCCCCUUUCCGCUCCUCGAGGUGACCAAGCAAAUAUUUCUGGCAGGCUGUAGUGGAGAAGUCAGCAAAAUCUGUGCUUGAUUUAGGGGAGGCUGGUGAGUAAGAAAUGAACUGCUUCGCCAGCCAUCUGGAAAACACCUUUCUGGAAGAUGCGAGGGAAGUGAAAACGAGAAGAAAUUGAUGAUUAAGAGGCUGGAGGAUGGGAGAUUUAAAUUGAAAGAGCUGCUAUUUGCUGAGUCAUCUUUAACGGGCCCCAGUUGUGACCCAAGGAAAGGGGCAGCCUAUGGGCUCCUUCCGCAGCCCUGCCGAGUGAUGGUGCUACUGAAUCCACAGAGUGGGUCGGGCCGGGCCCUGCCUCUCUUCAGAUCGCAAGUGCAGCCCAUGCUAACAGAAGCCAACAUAGCGUUUGACUUGUUUGUCACAGAGAAGCCCAACCAUGCUUGGGAUCUGGUGAGGGAAGAGGAUAUGUCCAGAUGGGAUGCCUUGGUUGCAAUGGCUGGGGAUGGCUUGCUCUAUGAGAUGAUCAAUGGGCUCAUGGAACGUCCUGACUGGAGGUCGGUUACCCAAAAGCCUCUUUGCAUCCUUCCCGGAGGCUCUGGGAAUGCCUUGGCCGCUUCGCUCAAUCACUAUGCAAGCAAGGGCAAUUUCGUCAAGGAAGAUCUACUAAUUAACUGCACUUACUUCCUCUGCAAGGGGCGGUAUUCACCCAUGGACAUAGUGUCCCUGCGCACAGCUUCCGGCAAGCGCCUGUUUUCCUGCCUGAGCUUUGGCUGGGGUUUUGUCUCCGAUGUAGACAUUGUCAGCGAGAGAUACCGGAAACUGGGCAGUGCCCGCUUCACAGUGGGCACAUUCCAACUUCUCACCACACUCCAAGUCUACAAGGGCCGCCUCUCCUACCUGCCUGCUGAAGAGCAAGGCUCUGCUUCGGACUCCUCAUUUCCAACAGGGACGCAGAACCACCCGUCAGCGCAGCACACCCACCGAGGCUCCUUCGACAACGGGAAGUUGCCAGUUCACAUCCUCCCUCCAUCUGUGCCUCCCUUCCCAAACGAGGGGUGCAACCUUGAGGACUCCUUGCUGGUCCCUUUUGAGCAACCAGUUCCCAAGCACUGGACGGUGGUGCCCGAGGAGGAGUUUGUCUCGAUCGUAUGCAUCUAUCAGUCCCAUCUGGGAGCAGACCUUUUUUUGGCCCCCAGUGCCAAGCUGUACGACGACGCAAUCCACAUCUUCUACUUGAGUGCUGGGGUCUCCAGAAUGGCUAUGGUCAAACUCUUCAUGGCUAUGGACAGAGGGACCCACCUGACACUCAGCAACCCCCAUCUCCACUAUGUGCCUGUGAAAGCCUUCCGCCUGGAGCCCCUCGAGCCCAAGGGCUUCAUGACAGUGGAUGGCGAAGUUUUAGCAUGCGAGCCAGUGCAAGGCCAAAUUCACAGACGGCUCACACAUAUUAUCAGUGGCUCCUCAGAAGGCUUGGGACCUCCGAAAAAGGAGCACUGAUGCUGGGAGUGAAGGGCUGUGCAAGCACAAGGAGGGAUGAGACGAUUCCCAAAUGCUGCACUGACUCAAGAUGUCAACACGAUCUGUGCUAGUGAUUAUUCUCAGGGGGAAAUCUGGCUCGCAGAGCAGCUAUUUAAUCAUUACAACAUGAAUGAUGGGUGAGCCUCUUUUGUGGGAGCAGGAUUAGAUUUUUUUCCCCUUAACUGUUGUGUAGCAGAAAAGGCAGCUUCUGAGUCUUCUUGCUCUGCCUAGCCCUAGAGAAAGAAAAGUAGGUCUCCAAAAUUAAACCAAAGGCAGCUUCUCUGAACACUAUUUUGCCCUUCUAUCUACAAGCAAAACCUUCAUGCAAAGCAGCUGAAGCAGAGAACAUGACAUCAUCCCAGUGCAGUAUCUGCCCAAAUAAAAAUAGCUUCAUCCCAUGCCACUUUUAGGGCCAAUUUUAACCCUCCUGUUUUGUAAAGAGUUUUUUCUUUUUCUACAGCAACACCACAAACCUCCAAAUCUGUAUGUGGUGGUAGGUUAUAUUCUUAUGGAGAGAUGAAAUAAAAGUUCUACCUUUUUCAAAAAGGAAAA